GAGAUCGGAACCCUAACCAGCCAAAAGAAAAAUGGUCGGCCCUCCGAAGAGGCACUUUCUUUUCCUGUUCAUCCUCUCCCUCUGCGUCCUCCUCCUCUACUCCUACCACCACUCUUCUCUCCUCUCCCCCAUCUCUUCCGAAACCACUACUCAAUUUCCCCACCAUGUUUCUACCACCUCCGACUCCUUCACUCUCACUAUCAAGGUGCUUACUUUCAAUCGCCUCCACGCUCUCUCUCGCUGCCUUCGCUCCCUUGCCAGGGCCCAAUACCUCCCCGGCAAUCCUGUCCACCUCCACGUCUUCAUUGACCAUUUUGUACCCUCUAACGAUUCCAAUAUGGACCAGAAACUACGGGAGUCCCACAAGAUUUUGGGGUUCGUUGAUGGGUUCGAGUGGAAAUGGGGGCAGAAGAUGGUCCAUUACAGGACGACCAACGCCGGGUUGCAGGCGCAGUGGCUGGAGGCCUGGUGGCCUACCUCGGAUAAUGAGUUUGCGUUUGUUGUGGAGGAUGAUUUGGAGCUUUCCCCUCUCUACUACAAGUUUUUGAGGAGUUUGAUUCUUAAUUACUACAAUAAUGCUUCCAAUUCAAGUCCGCAUAUUUAUGGAGCCACGCUGCAGCGGCCAAGGUUUGUUCCAGGAAAACAUGGAAACAAAUUACAACUGGAUGGUGGCACGCAACUUUUCUUGUACCAGCUAGUUGGCACUUGGGGUCAGCUGCUCUUUCCUAAACCUUGGAAAGAAUUUCGAUUGUGGUAUGAUCAACACAAGGCCAAAGGGAUCAAACCCUUGCUUGAGGGGAUGGUUACCACGGGGUGGUACAAAAGGAUGGGAGAAAGAAUCUGGACUCCAUGGUUCAUUAAGUUUAUCCACUCUCGUGGCUAUUUUAAUAUCUACACAAAUUUUGAACAUGAGAGAGCACUUAGUGUCUCUCACAGGGAUGCUGGGGUUAACUAUGGCAAAACAGCAGGGCCUGACUCUCAACUACUAGAUGAAAAUUCGCUUCUUUCCAAUCUUAUCAACAUGCAACCCUUGAGUAAAAUGAAGUGGUAUGAUUUCUGUUUCAGAGAAGUGCUGCCUGGUAGAGUUGUAAUGAACUUGGAUGAUCUUGGGGCUGUUCUUCACUCUGUACAGAGAGAGCAAACCAUUCUGCUUGUGAGCCUAUUUGGAGCAUCAGAGAUGAUUACAAGAAACCUGCUCUGCCACUUUGAGAGGCUAAAUAUUCAGAAUUACAUUCUUAUGGGACCUCGUUCUGACUUCCUAUUUGAUCUGGCUAGAAGGGGACAUCCUGUACUUGAUGCAGACCAAUUUGUCACCACUUUUGGAGUGUACAGAUCACUUGGAUUUCAAGAGUCAAAUGCAAUGCUGAUUGAGGAUGUCUUGGUGAAGGCUUAUGCAAUAAAAAAGAGUUUAGAAUGUAGUUACAAUACAUGGGUGAUAGAUGGAAACAUGCUUUUCCUCAAUACCAAUCUGUUUCUCGAGUCCAUUGAUUCCGCAUAUGACUUUUACACAGGAGAGAGCUUAGAACUUUACUACGUUAAGAGUUCGCCUUCUGCUCACAAAAUCUGGACUGAUACUUUUCUCAAUGAUGUCCCAGCUUUGGUGAAUAAGGUUCUGCACUCAAAAGAGAGCAAAAGUUUCGCAUAUAUGAUGACAACGCUACUGGAACAUAAGGGUUUUAGAGUGAAGAGGCUUAAUGAGAAAAGCUUUGGCAUGAAAAUUGGUGACCAGGAUUUCAAUCAAUCCUCCUUGGAUGUCAGUAAGAGGUUGGUUUAUUGGCCCAAAGACUUGAGUAUGGAUGUAAUUCAUAAGCAGCUUCAAGGGUCAAGCCUAUGGAACAUAGAUGAGGAUUCCUCUUGCACAGCUGUAGUUUGUCACAAGUCAUAGUCAUUACAAAUUUCAAAAACUUCCCCUUGAUAACAUCCCAGGUAAAGUGAAAUCAAACUUGAUUGUUUGCUUCUUGGAUCAACUAGGAGUUGGGAAAAGGCAGCAUGUUUUGAAAGAGCAAAAAAUUUCAUCUAUUAUCAUUUGAUGCUGAGGUGAGUUUUAGCAUAAUGUUGCAUUUGAGCAUUGAAGCACUUGGUCUCAAUGAAACUCUUGACCAGCACUGGUUGUGCCAAGAACAACACUAAAAAGAUCUUGUGGCCAAAAGAUGUGGAUGUCUGUCGGAAGUGUAUUUCUACAAGGCAUUUUAAACAUGUUGAUCAAAAUUGGAGCUUCUUUGAAGUGCAUCAAACUGGAGAUAAGCAGGUUAAUUUUGCUGCUGGUAUGAUGGUUGCCUUUAAAAGUUCAGUUGGGAUCACUAGCUUGUUGAUUCUGCCUUCAUAAUGGUAACGCAGUGCCUGUGGUGGAAACCGAGUUUUGUCUACUGUGUUUGGAAGCAAGCUCAGCAACCCUUCCAGAAUCCCGUAGUUACUUGUAUAACAUUAUUUUCUCAUUAUCCUUGUUGUGCUCAAUCAAAUUGUGCAACUUUG